AUGACAGGCGGGCGCGGCGUGGACCACGUUAUUGAGGUGGGCGGGGCAGGCACGAUCAACAAGUCGCUCGCGAGCACGCGGAUUGCGGGGACGGUCAGCGUGAUCGGGUUCGUCGCAGGGGGCGGCGACAUCUCGAGCCUGCCUGGCAUCAUCCUGGGCAGGGGCGCGCUCGUUCGGGGCAUUCUCAUCGGCUCGCGCACGCAGUUUGAGGCGCUUGUGCGGCUGAUCGACACGACGGGGCUGAAGCCCGUCGUGGACAAGGUGUUCGCGUUCGACGAGACGCGGGCGGCGUACGAGUAUCUGGAGAGCCAGCAGCACGUCGGGAAAGUGAAGAGACACGUCGACUGUCGGGCGCACAGGGAGCUCUGUGGUGAGGUGGGCGGCAGAAGGACGUGUUCGCGGGCCGCCUACGGUUGUCCGCUGCGGUUGUGCAUACGCUUCCACCCGAUGAUCGACGGCCUCGGCGACGUGAUAGUGUUUCUCUAUAACGAGGAGCCCGUCGUUUCCUCCAACGACAAGGGUCGCGGUAUAAUGAACGCUCUUUAA